CUGAUCAGGCAGGCCUGGGCAGCUUCUCCUGAAAACUGGAUUCUCUUGUUUGAAGAAAUGACUUGAAGAAACUAUAAAGCUGCAUUUCCAUGCACUGUGACCUGUUUUUUCCCUUGCCUUUAUUGUAAACGCCAGUUUUAAUGGAUGUUUCUCUUUUUUUCUUCCCUUUGGAGAACAAGAAAUUAGUCUAGAUGCGGUAAAUUGGAAGAAAUGGAAGAAAGGAAAAUCAAGAGGAGGAGCCCCAAAUCAUCCACCAGUCACCCUGCUCAGGUUGCUAACUCCAAGAAAAGCUCAGUGCCGGUCAGUAAAAGUACAGCCUUUUCAAAUCCUGCACCGCAGCCUGCAGUACAGAAACCAAAGUUAAAACGUGUAAUAAAAGAAAAAGCCAAACCUCCAGGCGGCGAAGCCAAAGGGGCACAGGCAGCACCAAUCCAGCAUUCUUUUCUCACAGAUGUGUCAGACGUCCAAGAAAUGGAAAGGGGACUUCUGAGUCUCCUGAACGACUUCCACUCUGGCAAACUUCAAGCGUUUGGAAAUGAAUGUUCCAUAGAGCAGAUGGAGCACGUGCGGAGUAUGCAGGAGAAACUUGCUCGCCUCAACCUGGAGCUCUAUGGGGAGCUGGAAGAACUCCCUGAAGAUAAAAGAAAACUAGCAAGUGACUCCAACCUGGAUAGGCUGCUGUCGGAUCUAGAAGAACUGAAUUCAUCUAUCCAGAAACUACAUUUAGCAGAUGCUCAAGAUAUUCCAAAUAGUGCCACGGGCUGAAAGAACAGCUUUGCCAGUUUGGAUUCUCCUGGAAGCUUUUCUUUUGUUUUUCCCAACAGUGG